AUGAGCCGUUAUUCAAGUGACUCAGAUUCUUCAAAUUAUCACAGAAAAAGCCGCCAUAAAAGAAGAUCUUAUAGUUCAUCUAGUUCUGAUUCGAGUCGUCGUAGAAGAUCAAAGCAUCGUAGAUCUUCUAGGUAUAAAAAAUCAAAAAAUUACAGUCGAAAUUACAAGCGUUCAAGAUCUCGAAGUAAAACCAGUUCUAGACAUUCAAGAUCAACUUCCAAAGAUUUACGUACAAGAAGAUCUCAUUCGAGAGAUAAACACCGUCAUAAGCAACAUUAUAAAUCUAAAUCAUAUUCGAAAAGUUGUAAUUCAAAAUAUCACUCAAGAUCUAAUUCAAGCGAUUCUAAAAAUUCUUCAACAUCAAAUGCAUCAAAAUCAUCUAAUACAAGCUCUAAGAAAAAUUUACCACAGAAUAUGACAAAUAAUCCUGAAGAACAAUUAAGAGAGAAAUUAUUAAAAGCUAUCAAAGCUGCCGAAUCUGCUGACCAUCAACUUAAACAACAGGGAGUUUUGCCAAAAGGAGUUAAAUCUAGAAAUGAUAUCGGCAACUUGUCUCAAACCAAGCCUACAAGUGAUGUUAUCAAAGAUAUAAAUGCUGAUGUGUUUGUUCAAAAGUCAUUUACCUCUUCUAAACAAACAACAGAUGAGCAAUCAUCUGUUGAUUCAAAUGUCAAAACCAAUGUGGAUGAAUCAAAUACUCUGGCUGUGGAUGAAAAAAGUAUUUUUCACUCGAAUUUUUUUCUCGAUCCAAAAGCAAAACUGGAUCGUUGGAUAAAAAAGUUACAUCAAAUUCGACAAAGAGCGAUUACAGGUGAACCUAUAUCUCCAUAGACAUAAUAUUAAAUUUACAAACUGGUUAAUUCCUACUGUUA